AUGUGGGAGUCCCUUCUUUUCCAGGUCACUCUAUUUUUGACUGACAAAGCAGAGAAACAGCAAGACGGGAUACACAGAACAAUGUCCGAUAUCGUGAACUAUGCAAUCGGCGGCACAGGCCUCAUAUUAACCGCCAUAGCGACCGGGACCGGCCUCUACACCGUGCACGUCAAGAGAAAGGAGAUGCGAGACGCUGCACGAUACCCGCGGUCUGCUGAAGAAGGAGCAGCCGAUGAGCGCGUUUUGGCGCGAGCAACAGGAAUCCAAGGGACACAGAUGACUCUGAAGACCGCUCAAGAAUGGAGCGGCUAUUUGGAAGAUACGGGCUAA